CUUCGCAGUGGUGACACCCCCAUCCCGGGGCACGAAACCCUAACUGAACCCAUGGCGCUCUCCGCCGCUCGCCGGCUCUCCACCACCGCGUCCUCCUCCUCCGUCGCCGACGCGCCGCCAAAGCUCUCUUCGCUGUUCCAGAACCCGAAGCCUCGACCGCUGCCUGUCCGCGGCGUCGAGGAGCCGCGGCGGGGGGCCAGGCCCAGGCCGAGGCAGCCCUGGGAGGAGGAGGCGGGGGCGCUGCUGCUGCGGCUCCACAAGGGGAGGUACCUCCCGGGCCCCGACCUCUCGUCGGCGCCGCACGCUGUCUCACCCGACGCCGUCAAGACCGCCGCCGAGUGGUUCGGGCAUGACCACCAGCCCGUCGCCAAAUGGCUGUCAGGGAGUGAUUUGAAGAAGCUUGCCUUGUUUGGGUGUCCCACUGUUGAGCGAAGAACGGUUUUUGCAUCAAAAAGAUUAAGAGCCUUCUUCAACAUCCAGGAAGACAAAAUAUGCGGUUCCUGUAAACUGAGAAGUUCGUGCAAGUUUGUGAACCAGGAAGUGGCCAGGCAUAAUAGAGUGAUUCUAUCAGAUACGAUGAGAAUUAUCUCCUUGUUUGUACUGGACGCUUGCCCACAAGAGCUCGAGAUUACCGCUGAGUUAAAAGCCAGUGUCUGCAAGCUGCUAAAGGACGCCAUAAAUCUCAGCAGUUAACUGCUGAGCAUUACGGAGCAGAAGUUUGCUAGUUUUCUUGUCCUUGUAGUUCUAAUAGCGUGCUGUCAGCAUUUAUCUGGACUUAUGGAGGAAAUUGCCGAGGCCCAUGUUUGACGUUGCGCUCGCAAUCGCUCCCUGUGAAGGUUGGAGUGGUGAACCCCAGCGACUUCCUUCUGAUCCGUGUUUUCUUUUGUGCAACUAAUAUGAAGAUGAAGUACAGAGUAUGUAAAAACUUAAGAUGCAUAUCGCUCUGUAGCUCCUUUUCAACUAAUAUGAAGAUGAAGUACAGAGUAUGUAAAAACUUAAGAUGC